GGCAGCAGCAGCAGCAGCCGGCGGACUCAACCUUCAGUCGGAGCUCCGCUUCCAGCCGCCCGCUUCUCUAGCCUCCCGCUGCGGACUCCACGCGGACAGCGCAGUGUUUGACCGAGACAUGGACUCCAGCGGACCGCGUCUGUCGGUGUAGUCCGGAGGAUUCGUAUAUCGCCAGAGAACCAUGGAGCCUGAUGUGAUCCGGAUGUACCCGUCCUCACCACCGCCGAUGGAGGACGGCGCAGAGGAAGAGGACUCGGACUCUGAAGUCUUUGGCCCCUUCUCCGGUGUCCCGAACAGCAUCAGCUUCACCGAGUUCGACACCCCUACCACCUUCAACCAGACCCAGGCUCUGACAGCCACCUCCCCCCCAGAGCUCCUCGGCAGCAGAGGUCUGGUGGGCUUUGGCUCCUCCAAUGGCACCCUGGGUACUGAGCUUCCCAAAGCCAACGGCGUGGUGCCGGCGAGCCACCGGGGCGUCAGGAAGGCCCUCUCCGGAUCCCCAGAGCCCACCGACUGCAAUGGUGGAGAGGUGCUAACGAACGGGUUUGAUGUUCAGGGAAGCCCGUCCUCUCAGAAUUCUGUCCACUCGCACAUAAAACUAACAUCCACCGAGGACUCGGGCGGUGCCGCCGGCAGCCUGGAGGACGAUUUUGCAGACUUUGCUGCUUUUUCUGAUGCCGAAGGACACGUCAGCCAGCCGGCGAACGAGGACUUAACCGACCCAUCAGAGGACUGUACCGUACAGCUGGAAACCUGUUCACAGGACUAUGUCAGGGACACGAACAGAACUGGAUCCGAUCCCACUCAGAGUCCGGGCGGAUCCUGCAACACGGACCGGGGCGGCUCCGACUCUCAAAGGGACGAGGCCUCUGCUCAGGAGGUGGUUUGCACUACCCACCCUCUGGCUCUGAACGGGCUGGAUGACACCGACAGGGACGGAUCCAAAGAGGGCUGCAGCGACGCCGACCUGUCACCCGCCGACCACAGUGAGGCGGGUCAGUCGGACGAGAAGAGCUCCGAGACGUCGCUGGGCCGGCCACUGUCCACCGACGCCCUGGAGGAGUACGGCGAUGUGAGCACCACGGGCUCGGUGCCGUCGCCGCCACCGCAGGGCGAGCCGGCCACGCCCGCCGACCACAGCCAGCUGGCCGAAGAUGAUGAGGACUUCGGGGAGUUCGGAGACGUCGGCUCGUUCGGUGGGCAUGGCUUUGCGGACUUCGAGCAGCCGGAGGCGCAGCCGGACGAGAGCCGGUCGCAGAGUUCAGCCAUCGCCGCCGGCAGUGAGCAGGACGACGACUUUGGGGACUUCAACUCCCCCAAGUUCCACAGCGACGGGAACCAGGCGGAGAACGGAGGGAGGUUCGGCAGCUUCCCCGUCAGCGAUAGCUUUGGGAACUUCAGCUCGGCGGACGGCGGCGAGGUGGACGGUGGAUGGAGCGCCUUCGGGGAGCAGCAGGACGGAGAGUCGUGGGCGGCGUUCAGCUCCGAGCAGAACGUUGGUCAUCCUGUAGGGGUCAGGGAGGAGGAGGAGGAAGAUCAAGAGGAGGAGGAGUGGCACGAAGGUGAAGCUGCUGCAGUCAGUGAGGAAACCAGCCGAACGGACAGACAGACGGCGUCGCUGUCCAGCCGCCUGGAGAAGCUGUUUCAGAGCAGCUUUCCUCAGACCGCCGCCCGGCCGCUGGACGACCACGUGGUUCCUCUGAAGGUCCUGCUGGAGCCUCCGGAGGACGCACCUGGAGCCGAGGACGAGAGCAGGUCUGGUGGGCGUGGCAGUGUGUGGAUGCAGCUACAGGACAUCCAUGAGGCUCUGGGCCUCCGGUACCAGUGGGGCGGCUCGCACUGCAACAAGGCCCUGCUCUGCUGCCUGGGCAUCGACACCCGCAACAUACUGUUCACAGGACAGAAGAAGCAGCCGGUCAUCGUGCCGAUGUACGCCGCCGGCCUGGGGAUGCUGGAACCAACCAAAGAGCCGGUGAAGCCCGUUUCUGCAGCAGAGAUGAUCGCCUCCAUCGGACAGACACCUGCAGCAGCUCCAGAGAAAAGCUCCGGUUCCUCUGACUCAGUGCAGGAGGCGCUCCCACCCGUCCAGUUUGACUGGAGCAGCAGUGGCCUUACCAACCCUCUGGACGCCAGCGGAGGCUCGUCUCUCUUAAACCUCGACUUCUUUGGUCCUGUGGAGGAUUCAGGCUCCAGCAGCUCCACCUCCAUCCCAGGUGUGGAUCCGGAGCUUUAUGAACUGACCACCUCCAAACUGGACCCCGGCAGCUCCGGCAGCCGGGUGGCCGACGCCUUCGCCCGCCUGAUGUCCACCAUGGAGAAGACCAGCACCUCCACCAGGAGGCCGAGGAAAGACGAGAACCUCAGCGAGGAGGCGUCUAAGGUGAUCGCUGCGCUGCCGGAUCUGUCCUUCAUGCAGGCCAAAGUCCUGAUGUUUCCCACCACGCUGACGCCGCUGGGUUGCCAGGCGACGCCGGACUGAAGCCCCACCCACUCUGCCCACAUGACCCCGCCCCUUUUAUCCUUUCUGUCCGCUGCUCCUCCUCCUUUCACACAUCCUUUUUAAAGUCAGAUUUUCAGUUUUUUAUGAUUUUUGGACGCGAGGCGUCGAGCAGCUCGGUUCUAGAUCAGUGGUUCCUAAACAGAAGCUUUGAACGUCAGCUGUUCUCUCUAGAAGGUUUAGAACGUCAGCUGUUCUCUAGAAGAAGGUUUAGAACGUCAGCUGUUCUCUCUAGAAGAAGGUUUAGAACGUCAGCUGUUCUCUCUAGAAGGUUUAGAACGUCAGCCGUUCUCUCUAGAAGAAGGUUUAGAACGUCAGCCGUUCUCUCUAGAAGGUUUAGAACGUCAGCCGUUCUCUCUAGAAGAAGGUUUAGAACGUCAGCCGUUCUCUCUAGAAGAAGGUUUAGAACGUCAGCUGUUCUCUCUAGAAGGUUUAGAACGUCAGCUGUUCUCUAGAAGAAGGUUUAGAACAUCAGCUGUUCUCUCUAGAAGGAGGUUUAGAACAUCAGCUGUUCUCUCUAGAAGAAGGUUUAGAACGUCAGCUGUUCUCUCUAGAAGGUUUAGAACGUCAGCCGUUCUCUCUAGAAGAAGGUUUAGAACGUCAGCCGUUCUCUCUAGAAGGUUUAGAACGUCAGCCGUUCUCUCUAGAAGAAGGUUUAGAACGUCAGCCGUUCUCUCUAGAAGAAGGUUUAGAACGUCAGCCGUUCUCUCUAGAAGAAGGUUUAGAACGUCAGCCGUUCUCUCUAGAAGAAGGUUUAGAACGUCAGCCGUUCUCUCUAGAAGAAGGUUUAGAACGUCAGCCGUUCUCUCUAGAAGAAGGUUUAGAACGUCAGCCGUUCUCUCUAGAUGUUCUAAACCUUCUAGAGAACAGCUCCGGCAGAACCUUGAAAAUGCUGAUUGUUCUGUGUAGAUGAGUGUAAAUAAUCAGGGAUUUCAUGUUCUUUUCCCCGUUUGUUCUUUUGACUCGGAUGCGUUCUGCGGCUGACGUUCUGCGGUGGGAACGUUCUGGUCUCUAGAACGUCUCUCUGAAUCUGUUCAUGGACUCAAACCACACUGCCUGCAAAAUCCAGCUCAACGUUUUUAGGUUUUAACCAGAUUUUCUUUAACCUGCGGGUUCCGUUGUGUUCUUCUGUUCCUGUGAUCUAAUGCAGAUUUUUAAUACGUUCUCCACGGCGUUUUAUUUGAAUCCCACCUGACUAUCAGACAGAAGUUUCCUCUGGCUGCUUCUGGUCUCAAUGUUGCUUGUUUUGUUGUUUUUGGGGUAAAAACGGAACUUUGUUGCUGAAACCACUGAGAGUUUGAGGGCAGUGAAAAAUUAAGGGACCAACUUGUGCUCAUGUGUUUGCUUUCUUUCUGUUUUUAUACAUUCUGUUCAUUCUGCUGUCGGCCGUCUCCCAGGAGGAUUUUGCACAUUGUAAAGAUGAAAUGGAUGUAAUCAUAGUUCACUGUGGCUUUAGACUGUGUACAGUUAAACUAUGGACUGUAAAAUGUACGGGAAAAUUCCUAUGGAAACAAACUGAAUCACUUGAAGAGCCUGUCAAAAGGUUAUCGUGCAUGCCCAGGUUCUUUUCAGACUAUAAGUGUGUAAAUUUUACUUUUAGUGUACACAAGAAAUUAAAAUAAUUUAAGAGAAAGA